UUGCAGCCACAUUUGUCGACAGUCGAAACCCUUCCUCUGCACACCGCACAUCCUCACGGCCUCACCCUCCGCCGCGACGCCGCCCGGUCCCUCCGCCACCCAACGUUCAAUUUCAGUCAGGUAUGACAAGUGAUGAUAAUAAUAUUUCUCAACCACCAAUUCAAACUCAAAGUCAGAGUGUUGGAUCUUCUCAACCAUCUACAACGUCAACUACAAUAAAAAGAAAGUCCAAUGAUAUAGGUUGGGACUAUGGGGUAAUUAAUGAUCCUACUAAGUCAAUGGACAAGAUUAAAUGUUUAUUGUGUAAGAAAGUAAUGUCAGGUGGAGUUUAUCGAAUCAAAGAGCAUAUUGCUGGUAUAUCAGAGAAUGUUAGCAAAUGCCACAUAGUUUCAAAGGAAGAUCAAUUAAAAUGUAGAGAUGCUCUCAUGAUGGCAAAGAACAAAAAGAAGAACAAGAGAGCUGAAGAAGUUAAUAUAAGAGCGGAGGUAAACAUUGAUUCACAUGAGAGUUUGAGUAAUACACCUACAAAUACUAUUGAUGUUGAUGAGUUGCAAGACUUGCAACAGUUUGGACAUUUGAAGCCACCUCGUCCAAUUGGCCCUAUGGAUAAGUUUGCAAACCAAAUAAAUCCUGAAAGUUCUCUGAGUUCAGGAAAGGGCAAGGCGCUACAGCGGAUAAUUGAGGCAUUUGACAAGGAGAGAGUUAACCGUGUGAAGAGUACAUAUGCAGAUGGGCUUAUGAAUCAACUAUUCCAUUUCAUGUUAUUGAGAAAGAUAGCUUCAAGUUGAUGAUUGAAGCUGUUGGUUAAUUCGGUCCGGGAGCGCAUGCACCAAAUAGAAGGAGUACAUUUGAAGGAUACAUACAAAAAAAAAAAAGUUGGAAUCUAAUCGCCUAAACAAUCUAGUCUUUGUGCAAUUCAGUGCAAACUUGAUGAACAAAAGGAAAAAAGAGCAAAAUGUUGAAACAUUACUUGGUAGUGAUGCAAGCUUGGCACAAGAUUGGAUUGUUGAGGAUGAAGUUGAGGUUGAUGUUGAAGAUGAAGUGGCUAAUAAUGAGGAGGGUGAUGAAGCAUUAAGACCAUGACGAAGUUCUAGAUUGAGGGAGCUUGAAGAAGAGAACUUUGAAUCCGAAAGUGAAGAAGAAGAAGUGGUUGUUGAAUUUGAAGAUGGAGAAGUGAGAGAACAAAACCUUGAAAAUUGAAUACCUGAAUUUGAUAUCUUGUUGAACUUAAUUGUCAUGUACUUUGUUUGAAAUUUGAUGACUUGAAGUUUUUUUGUAUUGAACUAGUGAUAUGAUGAUAUCUUUAUUUGAAACUUUUGGAGUUUGUAUGGACUAUUAACUAUGAAGUAUGGAACUAUGGAGUA